CUCCUCUGGCUUCAUUGGCUUCGUUCAUUCUGCCGCUUUAAACCACGCUUUAAAACACACAAUGCCCGCCGCCUCCCCUCAUCUCCGCACCAGCACAGACCAGCACGGCCCCUAGAGCCUCUUCUGCCCGCUCCACAGACCGCAGAUCUGGUAGUGUGACCUUUGAACCCUGGUGUUUGCACCAUCUCCUCUACUGCCGCUGCUGCUGGUGAGGGAAAGGUUGACUGGACACACAGCCAUCUCAUUAGCAUGUGUCACCUUGUCCGAAGAGGUCAGAGGUCAACACAUAUUUAGCCUACAAAGUCCAUUGGAAACGCUGGGAUUAUAACUGCAAGAAGAUUUAGGUAGCUGAUAAGAGAUCUGACAAAUUUGUUGAAAUGUGUUUGGCUUCCAGAGCUUUGUGAAGAUUUUUUUCAACCUAUAUUAAUUUACUAUCCUCUUAACGCUGGGUGGAAAUGGGCCUAUCGUUUACAAAACCUGAACGGACUAUAGUAAGCUAAUCCCAAAACAAGACUGAGGCUGCUAAGAUGUCGUGGAAGAGGAACUAUUUUGCGUCGGGCAGCGGUGGAGGAGGAGGGAGUAGUGCAGUCGGAGCUGGACUGAGCGCCGGCGGAGGGAUGCAAGAAAUAUUGACUCCGAGAACCAUGACGUCCAUUGCUCCAAGCAAAGGAUUGAGCAAUGAGCCAGGCCAAAACAGCUGCUUCCUGAACAGCGCUCUGCAGGUCCUGUGGCACUUGGACAUUUUCCGCCGCAGUUUUCGUCAGUUGUCAUCUCACAAAUGUAUGGAGGACUCAUGCAUUUUCUGCGCUCUGAAGAGUAUAUUUGCUCAGUUUCAGUACAGCAGUGAGAAAGUGCUACCGUCGGAUGCCCUCAGAAGUGCCCUCGCUAAAACUUUUCAAGAUGAGCAGAGGUUUCAGCUCGGGAUCAUGGACGACGCUGCAGAAUGCUUUGAAAAUAUUUUGAUGAGAAUACACUUCCACAUCGCAGACGAGAGUAAGGAAGACAUCUGCACAGCGAGACACUGCAUCCCACAUCAGAAGUUUGCCAUGACACUCUUUGAGCAGUGCGUGUGCAGCAGCUGCGGAGCUUCCUCAGACCCGCUCCCCUUUAUCCAAAUGGUCCACUACAUCUCCACCACAUCUCUCUGUAACCAAGCAGUGAAGAUGUUGGAGACGAGGGAGAAAGCCACUCCUAGUAUGUUUGGAGAGCUGCUAAGAAAUGCCAGCAUGGGAGACCUCCGCAACUGCCCUAGUCAGUGCGGGCAGCAGCUUCGAAUGGCACGUGUCCUCCUCAACAGUCCAGAGAUCAUCACCAUCGGCCUGGUGUGGGACUCAGACCACUCGGACCUGGCUGAGGAUGUUAUUCACACCCUGGGAACAUGUCUACGUCUGGGAGAUUUGUUUUACAGAGUGACGGAGGAGAAGGCACGACAGUCAGAGCUCUACCUGGUGGGGAUGGUUUGUUACUACGGGAAGCACUACUCCACGUUCUUCUUCCAAACCAAGAUUAGAAGAUGGAUGUACUUUGAUGAUGCACAUGUGAAAGAGAUUGGUCCGAAGUGGAAGGACGUUGUAUCGCGUUGCAUUAAGGGCCACUACCAGCCUCUCCUCCUGCUGUACGCCGACCCUCGUGGGACCCCAGUGUCAGCCCAGGACGUUCCCUCACACCACGAGCUCCACUCUUUCAACAAGUCCUGCUACGACAGCGAAGACUCGGGCCGAGAGCCUUCCAUCUCCAGUGACACUCGCACAGACUCUUCCACUGAGAGCUACACGUACAGGCAACCCUCCCACUCGCACCAUGAGUCCUUGGCCAGUCACUACUCCUCAGACUCCCAGGGAACCGUCAUCUGCACUGAGCGCUCCUCCUUCGGCAGUCUGGACACCAUAGGCCACGUGACGGACGGGGAGCAGCAGCACUCUCUGAAGAAGGGAGACGGGGAAAAGAGGCGGAGCUCUAGCCGCCCGUGGCGAUCUAAACCUGACCACGAAUCGUCUCUGGCUGGUUACCACAGUGAGGGAGAGACUCUGAAGGAGCAGCAGGUGCCUCGCCCUCGGCACAAGCCCUCAUCAUCCUUCUCAUACUCCAGCAGCCGCCUGAGAGACUUUAAAGAAACUAUGAGUAACAUCAUCCACAGCCGCUCCCUCUCCUCCUCCUCUUCUUCCUCUCUUCCUGCUGCUGUCCCUUCAUCUGAAACACACAACUCCUCCAACAACCACCUCCCCACAGUCAAAUCUGCCCCCGUCCCCUCCUCCACGGCGCCGGACUGGGAGGCAGACAGCACUAGCAGCGAGUCCAAGUCCAGCUGCUCCGGGACAGGUAGGUACAGGCCGCCUUGGAAGCCUAAGAGAGAGGCCCUCAACAUAGACAGCAUCUUCACCCGACGCAGACAGGCCGGGUACAGUCCUCUGGGAGCUUCUGUGUCUGAGGACUCUGCAGCCACCGCCUCAGAGGAACAAGCACAAGAGCCAGGCAAGAGUAGGCCCGGCUCGUCCAGGACCCUACCAAACUACAGUAGCCACAGAGGAGGCAGCGCAGAGCUGCCCCCUCCUCCUCCACCCCCCAGACUCAUCCAGCGCAUGGAAAGUGGCUAUGAGAGCAGCGAAAGGAACAGUAACAGCCCUGUGAGCCUGGACCUCAACCCAGGGGACAGGGAAAGUAGCACAAAGAAGCCCCCCUCCUCCUCUUCUUCCUCUGGCCCCUCAUGGAAGAACACUCGGUCAAAGAGCAGUGGGGCACUCCUGCAAGACGUCAACUCUUCUAACAGGACAGCUCCCUCCCCAGGCCGUAGUGAGCUGGACGAGCUGCAGGAUGAGGUGUUGAGGAGAGCCAGAGAGGAGGAACAGCAGAGGCGUCAGGAGAAGGAGAAAGAGGCAGCUCUGGGCUUUAACCCCAGGCCCAGCAAGUACCUGGACCUGGACCAGCUGCAGAUACAGGGUAAAGGUGACCGCUUUGAAAGGUGUGUCUCUGAAGCGGAGCUCCUGUUGGACCAGUCAGUGUGUCUGGAGCAGGCAGGAGAGGUUGCAGCUGCACUCACUGCAGUGAAUGAAGCUGUGUCCAAACUGCACUCAGCAGAAGCUGAGUCUGGGGCCAGUAGUCACACGCGGCUCCAGCGCUGCAUAAGGAGAGCCCGGGGCCUGCAGCAACGCAUCACACUGCAACAGCGCCACUUAGAGGCAGGCAGUGCAGAGCAGCCCCAGCCUCAGCACCAGAAGCACAGUGAAAAGUCUGUCCCGUUCCAAGUACUUCUGACAGAUGGACAGGGUGACGAGCCAAUCAUCAGUCAGGAUAAGCUGGGCCCGCCUCCAUCUCCACGUCUUGUCCAACCAGCUCUACCUGAAGAUAUGUCCACGACGAGGCCUUCACCAGACAUACCGCAGGAGGAGGAGAAGCACGGCAGGUCCUAUUCUCGCUUUGGAAAACCUCUCAGUAACUGCCGCUCGCUCCCUGCUCUGUGUGUGGACAACUAUGAGUCAAAGGACCAGGAGGAAGAGGAGGAAAAUGCGCCUCCCCUCUGGGCCAGGAACCCUCCCGCUCCUCUGCCCACUCCCAGCACUAGGAUCCCCUCACCUGUCUAUACUAACGGCAUGCAGCAGCAGAUGAAUGAGCAUUCACAACAUACAUAUUCAGCUGUAACCCCGCCCUCCACCACUCCAACAAGAAACUGGUCCUGCCUCCAGCUCAACAUGGCGGACGACUCGCAUAUAAAUCCACAUAUGAACUCCUCUCUCCCCUCCCCCUCCGGUACCACACCCCCCUGUGCCCCCCGACCCACUCACACCUUCACACCGCCCUCCUCUCAGAACUACAGAGCAGCCACUUUGCCCGUAGAGCGUUGGGCUGAGAACGUCAACAGGUAUUACGGCGCCAUGAGUCCAGCACCAGGGAAUGAGAUCAGAGCGUCCGAGGCUACAGAGGAGCUGUCAGAGCUAGACUGUUUGUACCAGGCCAGUCUGCGGGCUCCGACUGUGGACAGGACCAGCUAUGGGGCUAAUCCUCAGCAGGCGAAUAACAGAACAGGUGUUAGAAGGAUACCAUCAGGGUCUGGACGGUCCAAAACACCCACUGCCGAGAUCGAAAAAUAUGCUUACAGAACUCCUGUGUCUCUGGUACAGAAGGUGCCAGGUGAGGAUGAAAGCUACAGUGCCGACAACAUGAGAAGGCUCGCUCGGAGUCUGAGUGGCUCGGUUGUAGGGUCACGCUCCCAAACUCUUGGCCCGUCUCGCGCCUCUGAACCCCAAGUGUCCAGACCCCCCCUCAGGCAGGUCCUGUCCUCCUCCACCCUGCCCCGUCGGCCCAGCGCCUCCUCUGCCCAUCACGCCCCUCCUCCCUCCACCCCCUUCACCACAGACCACUCCCUCCACCUGCCCCCACAUCACCACCUCCAUCACCUCCAUCACCAGCCCAGACAGCAGCACCAGUACGGCCCCUCCAACCCUGCACCUCCUCCUCCACUGCACCCCCACACGCAGCCAUCACGGACCCCCGCCUCAGGGGCUGGAGCGUCUUUGCAGCAGAGAUCGUUUUUGGCUGUGUCUGAUCGGUACCAGACGGUCCCGGGUGAAGGCCUUCACAGUGUCGCAUUAAAUUAUGGCACACUCCCCCGAGCCCCGCGGAGACCUCCUCCCUCCCCUACUCUGUCCUUGUGCAGGCCCAGGACUGGCUCCAGCUCUGGCCCCAGCCCUGGGCCUUCGUCUAUGGGUCCACAGGGACUGUAUGCCACCUUAACCCAUUCUCAGCGCUCACACUACAGACAAGCCUCGUUUAAUGGUGCAGUGAAUGGAACUGCUCACCUCCAACAGCCCCACUAUGCCCAAAGAGAGGGCCCACCCCAGCCCCGGCGCCUGGACGUGCCACCUGACAACGACUGGCGCCGUGAUGUCCGUCAUGAUGCCCGCCAAACCCCGCCCCCUCGUCUUCACCAGCCUCUCCGCAGGACUGAGCUCCCCGUCCACAGGAGCUCUCAGCUGUGCUCUCUGUGCCGCAACAUGUGUGCAGAGCCCAUGAGGCCAUACUGCGCCUCCUGUGGGGCGUAUAUGAGGAGAUUUGGCCCCAACAGCUGAUCACACACCCCCUCCCCUCACACACACCUGCUGCACUGCAGCGCUCACUAUGGUUUAUUUUGUACAGUGUGCCAACAUGCAGAGCUUCAGCAUACACAGAACAUGAAGGAACUGCCUUUAUUUGUGAAACCUACCUGAGACUGAACUCACCUGAUAAAAGCACACACAGUAUAUUUCUACACUCUAAAACUCUUUGGUGGAUGUAUUUAUUGCUUUGGGUUGGGCUAAUGUAAAAGUCACAAUGUUGAGUUGCAAAACAGAAAUUGUAUUUUUAAAGAAAAUAUCUUUGAAUGUCUUUCAGCAGCCACCAUACGCCACUAAGAACCGAGUAAUGAUACUUACAAUGAAGGGGAUUGUUCAUUGUACUAUAUGAUUUGGUCUUCAAUGAGUCUGAAUGUAAUGCAAUAGUGUGCCUUAAAUCUGCUUUAGUCCCACGUAUAGAGCUACAUUGGCCUUAUUCUAAGUCAUACUACACAUGGUCUAACCUUUAUACGAGGGACAUGGUGGGUGAAGACUGCACAUGGUGCAGUAUCUGUUGAUAUUUACUCUGUUAAAGCAUUUGGAAGACCAAUAAUAAUCUACUAGUUUAUUUUUGUAGCUUUGUCAGAUUGGACUGUGCAUAUGUUAAGCAUCUAACCUGAGUGUAACUCUAUAUGAUCUACCUAUUUUACUCUUCUGUACAUAGCGUGUGGCCACUUUCUUUUUCAAGAUAAUAACUAAAGUUGAAGAGCUAAUAUUUAGCAUGUUAUUUAGCCUUGUAAAUGUGCUGUAAGAAGUAUAUUUCUAUAUGCAGACCCUUUAGAGCAGCCACACAACUGCAGUUCCAGUGUAUUUUGUUCUAGUGCACUUUAGAAGUGUUGCAGAUAGACUUUCUUUUGGCUUGUUACUAGUUACUAAACUUAGCGUCUCCCCUUGUUGAGGGAGAGUUUUCUGUUGACUAUUAGACUUGAGUCUGCAGGAUAGACCCGAUGCUCUGCACAACAUGAAACAAAGUACUUUUGUCAGAACAGUGUUUACCUGUCACCAACAGAGCAUCACGACAAUCUGGGCUCAGUUUGGUUUAAUCACAGAUUUGAGUUUAUAUUGUUAAAAUGUCAAUGAUUCAAAUGUGGAGCAGUUAUUUUUUCACUUGAUCAUGUCAAACUCAUUUCGCUUUAUUAGAGUUUCUUAUUUUUAUUUUUGUGACAUUUUGAUGCUAUUUUUAUAUUAGACCUAACAGAGUUUGGUUAGAUUAUUUUAGUAGAAAGUACUCACACUAGCAGCUACAACUGCUCUUCUGUCAUAGAUACAUGUUACUUCGGGGGUUUAUUGUAUGGAUAUGAGCCUAUUUUCUGAUAGCCUAUGUUAAAGUUAAACCAAAGAGUAAAGAUUGACACAAAAGUUUCUGUUUCAGUUUCCAUAGGCUGUUUGAGGAGUGGUGCUUCGUUUUUGUUUCCUGCUGAAUUAUUGGCCUGAUUUGAUCUUGUGUAAACAGUGUUUCCAUGCUGUGCAGACCACCUCGAAGGAAGAGUAUUUUUUCAAUAAAGUUGUAGCAA